CUUCUUGAUGCCCCUUUCCUUACAUAUAUAAACAAUGGAGUCUACCACAGUAAAACAGUUCCGUCACCGACCAGCAGCUCAACAGGUCAACCCUCGCUCGCUCUGAACAACAACCAUGAAGCUUUUUGUUUUUGCCAUUUUGAUCGCCGUCGCGUUGGCCGCUUACGAACCUGUCGUUACCAUUAAGGAUGUUGCUGAAGCUGAACCCGUCGUUGUUCCACAGCCAUACAGUUUCGGAUACAACGUCAAGGAUGAUGAGACUUUCAACGAUUUCUAUCACGCCGAGAACGCCGACGGAAACGUAGUCACCGGAACUUAUCGCGUUGCCCUUCCCGAUGGCCGCACCCAGAUCGUCACCUACAAAGCUGAUAAGGACGGUUACACCGCUGAUGUCAAAUUCGAAGGUGAAGCCAAAUAUCCCGAAUUCGUUGAACAGAAAGUCCAAAAGAAUACUAAGGAGGAGUCAUAUAUUUAAACUAUCUGGCAUAACCGGGACUGUCGGUCACGUAUACAUAAUCAAUUUCGGGGUAAUAAUUUAUUCAAUACACAUAUCCGUACGGCA